UGCGCAGGCGCGGCGGGAGGGGGCCGCGGGGGGGCUCUCCCCAGCGCUCUCCGCCCUUCUCCAGACUCUCUCCGGCCGCGGUGCUCUCGGUUGGCGGCGGCGGUGCGGAGGGGAAGGCGUCCAGGAUGCGGCGCGGGGCGGCCCGGUGCCCCCCUGCCCCGUCACGGCAGCCGCGGCGGCCGCGGGGACCGGGCCAGGGCCGGGGGCGGCCCCGGCGCCAUGAGCGGCGGCGGCGGAGGGGGCUCGGCGCCCAGUCGCUUCGCCGACUACUUUGUCAUCUGCGGGCUGGACACCGAGACCGGGCUGGAGCCGGACGAGCUGUCGGCAUUAUGCCAGUACAUACAGGCUUCUAAAGCCAGGGAUGGUGCCAGAGCUUUCAUUUCCAGUACGACUGAAGGAGAAAAUUUUGAGCAGACACCAUUGAGACGAACGUUCAAGUCUAAGGUUCUUGCACGAUAUCCUGAGAACGUAGAAUGGAAUCCCUUUGACCAAGACGCAGUGGGAAUGCUAUGCAUGCCCAAAGGGCUGGCAUUCAAGACCCAGGCUGAUCCCAGGGAGCCCCAGUUCCAUGCCUUUAUUAUCACAAGGGAGGAUGGCUCUCGGACAUUUGGGUUUGCCCUCACAUUCUAUGAGGAGGUGACUAGCAAGCAGAUCUGCAGUGCCAUGCAGACCCUUUACCACAUGCAUAAUGCUGAGUAUGAUGUCUUACAUGCUCCCUCUGCUGAUGGCCGAGACCACGGUGGCAUGGAGGAUGGUGAAGGCACUCCUGGGACCAAGCUGCAGCGCUUCAACUCUUAUGACAUUAGCCGGGACACGCUCUACGUCUCUAAGUGUAUCUGCCUCAUCACGCCCAUGUCCUUCAUGAAAGCAUGUCGGAGUGUGCUGGAACAACUUUACCAGGCAGUCACUUCACCUCAGCCCCCUCCACUGCCCCUUGAGAGCUACAUAUACAACGUACUCUACGAGGUGCCACUCCCACCUCCCGGCCGGUCCUUGAAGUUUUCUGGGGUCUAUGGGCCCAUAAUCUGCCAGAGACCAAGUACCAACGAGCUUCCCCUAUUCGACUUUCCUGUCAAAGAGGUUUUUGAACUGCUUGGGGUGGAGAACGUGUUUCAGCUUUUUACCUGUGCCCUUCUGGAGUUUCAAAUCCUGCUCUACUCACAGCAUUACCAGAGACUGAUGACUGUGGCGGAGACGAUUACAGCCCUCAUGUUUCCUUUCCAGUGGCAGCAUGUCUAUGUCCCUAUUCUCCCGGCUUCUCUCCUACAUUUCUUAGAUGCACCUGUGCCAUACCUGAUGGGCUUGCAUUCCAACGGCCUGGAUGACCGGUCAAAGCUGGAGCUGCCUCAAGAGGCCAACCUCUGCUUUGUGGACAUUGACAACCACUUCAUUGAGCUGCCCGAGGACUUGCCUCAGUUUCCCAACAAAUUGGAGUUUGUCCAGGAAGUCUCUGAGAUUCUCAUGGCAUUUGGCAUUCCCCCUGAAGGGAACCUUCAUUGCAGUGAGAGCGCCUCCAAGCUGAAGAGGCUCCGGGCUUCUGAACUUGUCUCUGACAAGAGGAAUGGGAACAUUGCAGGCUCCCCUUUGCAUUCCUACGAGCUCCUCAAGGAGAAUGAAACGAUCGCCCGGCUGCAAGCCUUAGUCAAGAGGACUGGGGUGAGCCUGGAAAAGCUGGAAGUGCGUGAAGACGCCAGCAGCAAUAAGGAUCUGAAAGUUCAGUGUGAUGAAGAAGAACUCAGGAUUUACCAGCUAAACAUUCAGAUCCGGGAAGUUUUUGCAAAUCGUUUCACUCAGAUGUUUGCAGAUUAUGAGGUGUUUUGACUGUCUGUUUCCUUUUGGUCCCACCAGGCAUCAUUUCUAUCAGAUCAGCCUGAGCCCUACCUGCCCUUCCUCUCAAGAUUCCUGGAGACCCAGAUGUUUGCCUCUUUCAUUGACAACAAAAUCAUGUGUCAUGAUGAUGAUGAUAAAGACCCUGUGCUACGGGUAUUUGAUUCCCGAGUAGACAAGAUCAGGCUGCUGAAUGUUCGGACGCCUACUCUCCGCACGUCCAUGUACCAGAAGUGCACCACUGUGGAUGAAGCAAAGAAAGCAAUUGAGCUGCGUCUGGCAAAAAUUGACCAUACUGCAGUUCACCCCCAUUUACUUGACAUGAAGAUUGGACAAGGGAAGUAUGAGCCGGGGUUCUUCCCUAAGCUGCAGUCUGAUGUGCUUUCCACUGGACCAGCCAGCAACAAGUGGACGAAAAGGCAUGCCCCUGCCCAGUGGAGGCGGAAAGAUCGGCAGAAGCAACACACAGAACACCUACGUUUAGACAAUGACCAGAGAGAGAAGUACAUCCAGGAAGCCAGGAGUAUGGGCAGCACCAUCCGCCAACCCAAACUGUCCAACCUCUCCCCGUUAGUGAUUGCCCAGACCAACUGGAAGUUUGUGGAGGGUCUGCUAAAGGAAUGUCGCAACAAGACCAAGAGGAUGCUAGUGGAGAAGAUGGGCCGAGAGGCUGUGGAGCUUGGGCACGGGGAGGUAAACAUCACAGGCGUGGAAGAGAAUACCUUAAUUGCCAGCCUUUGUGACCUCUUGGAAAGGAUCUGGAGUCAUGGGCUACAAGUAAAACAGGGGAAAUCUGCUUUGUGGUCCCACCUGUUACAUUAUCAGGAAAACCGGCAGAGAAAACUCACAUCAGGAAGCCUCAGUACCUCAGGAAUACUUCUUGAUUCAGAACGGAGGAAGUCUGAUGCCAGCUCAGUCAUGUCUCCCCUGAGAAUCUCCCUCAUUCAGGAUAUGAGGCACAUCCAGAACAUCGGGGAAAUCAAGACUGACGUGGGAAAGGCCAGAGCGUGGGUGCGACUGUCCAUGGAAAAGAAGUUACUUUCUAGACAUCUGAAGCAGCUUCUCUCAGACCAUGAGCUCACCAAGAAGUUGUACAAGCGCUAUGCCUUCCUGCGCUGUGACGACGAGAAGGAGCAGUUCCUCUAUCACCUCCUCUCUUUCAAUGCCGUCGAUUACUUUUGCUUCACCAAUGUCUUCACAACUAUCCUGAUCCCAUACCACAUCCUGAUCGUACCAAGUAAGAAGCUGGGGGGCUCCAUGUUCACCGCCAACCCGUGGAUCUGUAUCUCAGGAGAACUGGGUGAGACACAGAUCCUGCAGAUUCCCAGGAACGUGUUAGAGAUGACCUUCGAGUGCCAGAACUUGGGGAAGCUCACUACUGUGCAGAUAGGGCAUGAUAACUCCGGACUGUAUGCCAAAUGGCUAGUGGAGUAUGUGAUGGUCAGGAAUGAGAUCACAGGACACACCUACAAGUUCCCAUGUGGCCGGUGGUUGGGGAAGGGCAUGGACGAUGGAAGCCUGGAGCGGGUCCUAGUUGGGGAGCUGCUCACGUCCCAGCCUGAGGUGGAUGAGAGGCCAUGCCGGACCCCGCCCCUGCAGCAGUCCCCCAGCGUCAUCCGGAGGCUUGUUACCAUCUCACCCAACAACAAGCCCAAGCUGAACACUGGGCAGAUCCAGGAGUCCAUCGGGGAGGCAGUCAACGGCAUCGUGAAGCACUUCCAUAAGCCUGAGAAAGAGCGAGGCAGUCUGACGCUGUUGCUUUGUGGAGAGUGCGGCCUUGUCUCGGCCCUGGAACAGGCUUUCCAGCAUGGAUUUAAAUCGCCUCGGCUCUUCAAAAAUGUCUUCAUUUGGGAUUUCCUGGAAAAAGCACAAACCUAUUAUGAGACUUUGGAGCAGAAUGAAGUUGUCCCUGAGGAAAACUGGCAUACAAGGGCCCGGAACUUCUGCCGAUUUGUCACUGCAAUCAACAAUACUCCCCGGAACAUCGGCAAGGACGGCAAGUUUCAGAUGCUGGUGUGCUUGGGAGCCAGAGAUCACCUCCUACACCACUGGAUUGCCCUGCUGGCCGACUGCCCCAUCACCGCACACAUGUAUGAGGAUGUGGCUCUCAUCAAAGACCACACGCUUGUCAAUUCCUUGAUCCGCGUGCUGCAGACACUGCAGGAGUUCAACAUCACGCUGGAGACUUCCCUUGUCAAGGGCAUCGACAUCUGACCUCCCAGCACCAGCUGGCUGCAGGACCGAGAGAGACUCACCCUGCAGCUCUGACCCUUCUUCCCAGAGGGCCUUAAGCGAGUUGUGCAGGAGACAGAGAGGAGAUGUACACUCACUGUAAAAAGAAAACUAGAGGAUUUUUGGAAUAAAUAAUCUAUUUUAGAGUUUAUUUGCUGAUUUGCUUUUUACACACUUUCAUGUGAAAGAGUGCUAGAGAGAGGGAGACGAGGUUGGUGCCGCUUAUUUUGAAGCUGGCGCCCUCCCUCGCCACAGCCGCGAGCUGGGAGCCUGCGGCCUUCCUGGACUGAGCCUGCGGCGCCGCGUGCGGGGCGGUUCUGCUUCCUUGCCCCGCCGCGUUAAUGAGGCCAUUCCACGUCAUUUUUAAACUAAUGUUUUCUAUAUUAACAUUAUUAUGGAUAUUUGGCUUUCCUGGGCCACACACAGGUGUGCUGAGCGGGCAGCCCCAAGCUCCAAUCAAAGGGAUCUUAGUAGUGCCUCUCCAGGCACUGGUGAGUCAGUCCAGAUCUUUUUUUUUUUGUCAGUAUUAUUUGGGAAGGAGACAUGCCGAAAUGUAUCACCGUGCAGAGCAUCACGUUUCCUCUUGGCACGCGGCUGCACGGAAGUAAACAUAAGCAUGUUUUAACAGGUUUUCCUUUUCUUUUUUUACGUAUUAUUUAUUUAACCCUCCAUUGUGUGUUUUAAGUCUUUCUUUUUUAUUUUUUUAAGGAAAGGAAAAUCUUGUCACAGUCUAACUGGCUAUGUUAUUACUGUUAAAUUUAUGUUGUUUUGCAACUUAGAAACCAGCUACAGUAUGGCCCACUUAAUAAAACACCUGAAACAAGA